CAACUACCCUUUCCUUUCCUUUCCUCUCUCUUUUCUCUCUCCUCUACAACACCAACAUUUGUCUGAAACUGAAAGUCACUUGGCUUCCUCGUUGUUGCUGCAUCACUUUCCUUGUCCUGAAAAUUCUUGCCCGCAUUCGGACAACGGUUUUCUAAGGAAAACAAAUUGGGUUUUUUUUUUUUUUUUGGUUGGGUACAGAGUUAAUUUUCUCUCUUUAUUCUUCGUUAUUCUUCGUUAUUCUGUGUCUUGGAAUUGUGGCCUUGCUUUCUUUAGCUGCUUCCUAUGGAAGCUUCGGCUCCAGCUGCUGCGGCUGAGGAUUGUUGUGUUAAGGUUGCGGUGCAUAUCCGACCGCUCAUCGGGGAUGAGAAGCUCCAAGGUUGUAAAGACUGUGUCACUGUAGUCCCGGGAAAGCCGCAGGUGCAAAUAGGGACACAUUCUUUUACUUUUGAUCAUGUCUAUGGGAGCACCGGUACUCCUUCCUCUGCUAUGUUUGAAGAGUGUGUUGUUCCUCUUGUUGAUGGCUUAUUCCAAGGAUAUAAUGCUACCGUUCUUGCUUAUGGCCAGUUGCACGUUUCAUUCAUUGAGAUUCUGAAAGAAGAAGUGCGGGAUUUGCUGGAUCCUACUUCUUCAGUCAAAGCAGAUUCUCCAAGUGGGAAUACAGGGAAAGUAACUGUGCCUGGAAAACCACCCAUACAGAUACGUGAAUCAUCAAAUGGAGUUAUUACUCUGGCAGGUUCUACUGAGAUUAGUGUCAGUACACUGAAAGAAAUGGCUGCCUGCCUUGAACAAGGAUCAUUGAGUAGGGCAACAGGGAGUACAAAUAUGAACAAUCAAUCAAGUCGCUCACAUGCGAUCUUCACCAUCACCUUAGAGCAAAUGCGGAAACUCAAUCCAGUUGUUUCGGGAGAUUGCAGUCCUACUGAAACUAUGAAUGAAGAUUAUCUCUGUGCCAAGUUGCAUUUGGUAGAUCUUGCUGGGUCUGAACGAGCAAAACGAACAGGUUCUGAUGGUUUGCGUUUUAAGGAAGGGGUUCAUAUCAAUAAGGGACUUCUUGCACUUGGUAAUGUUAUCAGUGCGCUUGGUGAUGAGAAAAAGCGCAAAGAAUGUGUUCAUGUUCCAUAUCGAGAUAGUAAACUUACACGACUUUUGCAGGAUUCACUUGGUGGUAACAGCAGAACUGUUAUGAUAGCCUGCAUUAGUCCAGCUGAUAUCAAUGCUGAGGAAACUCUUAACACUUUAAAGUAUGCAAAUCGCGCCCGCAAUAUCCAAAACAAACCUGUUGUUAACCGUGAUCCUAUUACCAAUGAGAUGCUGAAGAUGCGUCAACAGCUAGAGUAUUUGCAGGCAGAACUUUGUGCCCGUGGGGGGUCUGAUGAAGUGCAGGUCCUCAAGGAAAGAAUUGCUUGGCUUGAAGCUGCUAAUGAGGAUCUCUGCCGGGAACUUCAUGAGUACCGCAAUGGAUGCACCAUUGUAGAGCAACAUGAGAUAGAUGGACAAGAUGGCAGUCCUUGUUCUGUCAAAAGUGAUGGACUGAAGAGGAGCUUGCAGAGCAUAGAAUCACCUGAUUAUAAUAUGAGUGAAACUGUAAUAGGUGAUACCAGGGAAAUUGACGAUGAUGAAACCAAAGAGUGGGAGCACACACUUCUGCAAAAUAGUAUGGAUAAAGAGUUGCAUGAGUUGAAUAGACGUUUAGAGGAGAAAGAGUCUGAGAUGAAGCUUUUUGGAGGUGACAAUACUGUUGCGCUCAAGCAACAUUUUGGAAAGAAAAUUCAGGAGUUGGAAGAUGAGAAAAGAGCUGUACAGGCAAAAAGAGAUCGUUUAUUGGCUGAAGUUGAAAACCUUGCUGCUAAUUCUGAUGGGCAAACGCAAAAGUUACAAGAUAUCCAUUCUCAUAAACUAAAAUCACUUGAAGCACAGAUUUUGGAUCUUAAGAAAAAACAAGAGAAUCAGGUUCAGCUUUUGAAGCAGAAACAGAAGAGUGAUGAAGCAGCAAAAAAAUUACAAGAGGAAAUUCAAUUUAUAAAGGCACAAAAGGUUCAACUGCAACAUAAAAUAAAACAAGAGGCAGAGCAGUUUCGACAGUGGAAAGCCUCACAAGAAAAGGAACUGUUACAGUUGCGGAAGGAAGGCAGGAGAAACGAGUAUGAAAGGCAUAAGCUGCAAGCUUUAAAUCAGCGCCAGAAAAUGGUUCUCCAAAGAAAGACAGAGGAGGCUGCAAUGGCAACCAAGAGGCUAAAAGAGUUGCUUGAAGCACGUAAAUCUUCUGCCCGUGAUAACCCGGCUAUUUCAAAUGGAAAUGGAAUGAAUGGGCAGACCAAUGAGAAAGCAUUACAACGUUGGCUGGAUCAUGAGCUAGAAGUCAUGGUGAAUGUGCAUGAAGUUCGUUUUGAAUAUGAGAAGCAAAGCCAAGUGCGAGCUGCACUAGCAGAAGAGUUGGCCGUGCUGAAGCAAGUAGAUGAGUUUACUUCAAAGGGACUAAGCCCUCCAAGAGGAAAGAAUGGAUUUGCUAGGGCAUCAUCCAUGUCACCAAAUGCAAGAAUGGCUAGGAUAUCUUCACUUGAGAAUAUGCUUAGCAUAUCAUCUAAUUCACUUGUAGCAAUGGCUUCACAACUCUCAGAGGCAGAAGAGCGGGAGCGUGCAUUCACUAAUCGUGGACGUUGGAAUCAAUUACGCUCGAUGGGGGAUGCAAAGAAUUUGCUUCAAUAUAUGUUCAAUUCUCUUGCAGAUGCAAGGUGCCAGUCGUGGGAGAAAGACAUUGAAAUAAAGGAAAUGAAAGAGCAGCUUAAAGAACUUGUAGGUCUGUUGCGACAGAGUGAGUUGCGAAGAAAAGAAGUUGAGAAGGAGCUGAAACUGAGAGAGCAAGCUGUUGCAAUUGCAUUGGCUACUUCAGCUUCAGGUGCACAUGAACAAGAGAACUCACCCCAUUCAUUGAAACAUUCUGCUGAUGACUUGAGUGGUCCGUUGUCUCCAAUGCCUGUGCCAGCACAGAAACAGCUGAAAUAUAGCCCAGGCAUUGCUAAUGGUACAAUCAGAGAGUCAGCAGCAUUCAUAGAUCAAACACGAAAGAUGGUACCACUUGGGCAGUUGCCAAUGAGAAAAUUAGCAGCUAUUGGACAAGCUGGAAAUGGAAAACUAUGGAGGUGGAAGAGAAGCCAUCACCAGUGGCUUGUACAAUUCAAAUGGAAGUGGCAAAAACCAUGGAGACUGUCAGAAUGGAUUAGGCACAGUGAUGAAACAUUAAUGAGGACAAGGCCUCGGCCCCAGGCUCUUCUACCUAAGAUAGUUUGAUAUUUCAUGGUUGCCAGUUUAUGCCAGAUAUAUCAAUCUUUGACCUACAACUAUGUUCUCACUCCAGUGUGCAGGGAAUAGCCUAGAAAUGGAUGAAGUGUUUUGGAGGUGGCUGUUGAAAUUCUGCCUUAAAGAUAUAGCUAUAGAUUGGAAUUUUUUUAUUUUUACAUUCCUACGUUUGUAAUCUUCAAAUUUUUUGAUAUGGCUACUGCAUUCGGAGCAUCAUGUAAAGAGAUGUUGAUGCUGCCAGUGGUUUCUGCAAAUACUCUCUCAACAAGACGCCCAGAGGCAUCAGAUGGUUUGGUCUGUGAUGCAUUGGUAAAUAUCCCACCCUGCUGGGGCCAUCUCUUAAGGUUUUGGUUUCCUUCCCAACAAUAACAAAGCUUGCAGAGAAUAAAGUUUCUCCCUAGCAGUAGAAAUUUGUAUUAAAGCUACAGUCU